AUGGCGAGCAAGAACCCCAACGCUCAGGAUCUCCUGCCCGUGUUUGGUGUUGCCACUGAUGACCCCCCCGCCAUGGCUCCUCAUACCUCGAAAGUGAAGAGAGCUGGAGGGUGGAAGGAGGAGCGGGCAGAUAGAUCUGAGGUAUCCGAUCGCUACCGUGGUGCCCAGGUCGUCCGUGCGAGGGCCGUGGCGCAGGGAGAAACACUGGACGCUCAUUUUCAAAGGAGCAAGCUGCAAAGGGACAAGGGGCAUCUGCUCGGCAAGGAAGAUCCAUACAAGAGUGUGCCGAGCAAGAGGAAACACGACUUAAGAGAAGAAGAAGCUCGUCCGCGGACGAGGGAUAGAGCAGGGGAGGCUCUAGGGAAGAAGAGGGCGAGCUCCAGCAGACUGUCGGCGCAUGAGAGCGAUGCAAAGCAGAAGCAUGCUCCGACCUCCAAGCUCUCCACCCUGUGGUUCAAGAACAUCCCGUUGGAGGAGAGUGCCUCUGGCAGGAAGGGCCAGGUUGAGUCCAAGGAGGGAGCAGACAAGUCGAACGUGGAGAAGCAGGAUCAUGCGCAUUCUUUCACCAUGCAUGCAUCUGACAUCAAAGUGAAACUCUUCGACUUCUCCUCCAUCGAGAACAAGCUGGUGAAGUCGGCAAAAGCCGUUGCUGAGUUCCAACCUACGAGCUCAGUCGCAGUCCGGGUUCAGGAGGAGGCAGCAUCGUUUGCUCCUCUUCCUCUGUCCCCUGCUGGAGUUCACCAGGACAUGGACUUGGACGACACAGAGAGCGAGAAGGAGAGCAAGGGCAAGGAGGACGACCUUGAACCCACACCUUCCCUUUUGGCUGCUUGCGGCGUGAAGGAGGGAGGAGAGACAUGCGAGGGAGCAGAAGCUGCGUCGUCAUGCAAUCCCUCGCGGAUGUGGUCCGAUCAUCUGUCUUCCUUGUUCCCAGAGCUCGGGGAAGUGUAG